AUACUUCGGGGCAUUUCAGUGAGGGCGCAGUGCGAGGGUGUCCUUUGAGCCUCAGCUCCGGAGAAAAACGAAAGGUGGGUGGGAAACUAGGAUAGAGGUGAAAAGUAAGAGGGGACUGAAUCAGCGAAUGACAAAGGGAGCAGGGCUCCGGCCAGGGGUAGGAGGAAGAAGAGGAGUGACUGGGGCUUGUAUCAAGCUUCUGAAUGGCUAGACAGCCGCCAGGUGGGAGAGGCGGAGGGUGAGGAGGCGGGUUCCGCACGCGGUUAGCCUGGGGCUGAUCUAGUCUUCAGCUUUCAAGGGCUGGGAGUCCGGAGCUGCAGCAGAGGCCACACCCAGGGCUUGGUGGUCCCGCGCUUUCCGGAGCUCAGCAGGCGCUUGCUGCUUGAACCGGUCAAAGAAGGAACGAAUGAAUGACCCUUUUGCCAGGAUGGAGACCCGGGGGCCUCAGGAAGCUGCGAAUCCCAUGGACUCCUACCGCAGCCUGGGGGACCUCGGGCCUUUUCCGAGGGAGGUAGGGCGCGGGGCUCCGCUAGCUCCGGGCGCCCGGAAUCCCGCGACGGCAGGGGCGAGCCGAAGCCAGGGCGGCGGCCACGAGGACAGAUCGGCAGAUCGGGCCCUCGGACCUCGGGCCGGGGAGGAAUUGGACCGUGAGUCCUGGGUCAGAGAGAAAGUGCUCUUUCUCCUGCACCCAGAGAGGUGGUUAGGGACUCGAGGGGACCCUGCACGGGAAGAGGUGGCCGGUGCAGAGGACCUUCCUCAUGCGGGUGGAGAGGACCACGGCGAGGAGCCCAACUACCCUUCUGUCUUUCAACGAGAAAAGCGAAUUUCUGGCAGGCGUGUAGCCCCGCCGCGGGACGCAGCAGACCCGCCCAAAUACGUGCUUGUGCGGGUGGAGGAUUAUCAGGUAACACAAGAAGUGUUGCAGACCUCCUGGGCCAAGGGUCGCAUGACCACGAGGACUGAGGAGCACUCCGUGAUCGCGCUCACUUUUCGCAGCAGUAGAGAGGGACAGCCUGGGGAACGCUGGGGCCCUGCUGAAUCCCGGGCUCUCCAGGCACGAACAGGGGCACCCCGCGUCCACGCCGCGGAGAGGAGGGUUUCACCGUCUCCAGGGACUUGGCUCGAGGAAAUUAAACUCUAAUGAGUAGCCCGAGAAAUGUUCCGGGAUGGUGGAUGAGCGAUCAUCCUUAAAAGAAAAUGCUAUUCUGGGAGCUCCAACCUGCAAUUAACCUACAGAAGGAAGCUUUUGAGAGGCUGGUGCAGCGCUUCGGGGAGGCAGAUUAAGAACUGACCUAGAAACAGAAGUGAAGUUUGAAGUCUGCUCUCUGCAAAGAGGGUGGGAGUGGGUGGAGAAGAGGCUUGUUUUAAAAGCCAAAAACAGAAAGUAAAAAGAAAUGGGAAAGUAAAACCAAAGCAGCAAGUGACUCUCUUCUGAUGUGCACUUUUCAUUUUUCUCCCCCACAUUUCAGUGUUAGAAAGAAAAAGAGAGGAGCUAGGGAAAGAAGGAGUUGGGGACAGAAGACUAAGAUUUCAACAUGAAAUUCCAUUUACAAAGGCUUUACCGCAAACAAUAGCUAAUUUAGUCCUGUAAACAUGCAUUUAUCAUACAUUUUAAUUUUAAUAUUAAAAAUACUGCAUGUAAAUGUUCUGAUCUAAAGGUAGAUAACGAUAUGUAGUUUGCCAUAAAAUGAAUGCAUGUCUUAUUCUUUUCCAUAGUUCUUCAUUAAUGAGACUUGUAGUCAAGAAUAGAUUGAAAAUACCUUUCUCCUGGUGUAGUUAAAAAAAAUCUCCUCUGGUACUACUGAAACAACUAAUUUUUCUUAUUUUGUUUGUUCCUCUUUAUUAUUAAAUACUAUCUGAAUUAACUCUUUAGUAGUUGGCCUGGUUGAAGCUCUGUGAGGAGCAAAGCAGCCCUCUCCAGGUGAACUGCUUGACUUUACCACCUGAAGGAGUAUUUACUGCAAGAAUUAACAAAGCAGGUGUUCCUGAUCCAAGCAGAACCCUGUUAUUUGAAGAGCCUGAGAAAUCUUAUCCCGUUUACAAAUGUCCUGGGAGUGCAUCCAAAGUGAAACUUGGGCAUCCUCAAUACUAAGAAAUCUCUGAGAAUGACUGGGUCUUGGCUCUUUGAUCUUACCUCUACUCCUCUGAAAAACAUGAUUAUCUAAAAUUGUGUUAGGUGGAUGAACCACAUCAAAGACUUCCAGAAGCCACUCCAGUGACCAUAAGAUAAAUGUCAGAAUCGCAUAACCCCCAGGAUCAGUCUGUUGCCCAGGCUGGAGUGCAAUGGCACGAUCUGAGCUCACUGCAACCACCUGCCUCCCGGGUUCAAGCUAUUCUCCUGCCUCAGCCUCCUGAGUAGCUGGGAUUACAGGCGCCUGCAACCACACCCAGCUAAUUUUUGUACUUUUAGUAGAGAUGGGGUUUUGCCUUGUUGGCCAGGCUGGUCUCGAACUCUUGACCUCAGGUGAUCUGCCCGCCUCAGCCUCCCAAAGUGCUGGGAUUACAGGCUUGAGCCACCGAGCCUGGCCUCUGCUUUUUAUUACUGUCAUGUAGUUAGUGAUAAAAUGCUUCUAUCUGAAAAAAAAUUUGUUGUUCUAAAUUCUAAAAAAUUCUCAUGAUUAUUGCUUAAAUUUUAAUAAAGCAGAUGUGAUUUUCAAA